CUGUCCUUUGGGGCCGCUGUGACCCGGCCCGUCGUCGGUAUCCAGUGACGUACGGCCUUGACGUUUUCCGCAGCUCAGUAAACAGGACAUAGGUGAUCCGGUCUUAGGGUAAGAAGCAGAGAGAUAACCAAAGGAAAGCUUUGUCCUCUCGGACCAAGACAAGUGAAGGCCCCUGACAUACUGCCUCCAUCCUCUUCCCUUGACCCUCUCUCUGGCUCUGUGAUGCCUUCUGUCUGCUGUGGCUGUCAAUCACAGUACACCUACCACCACCUACUCGCAUUUUUGCUCACCUUCUUCAGCUAUGUUCUUCUGCAUGCAUCCAGGAAGACCUUUAGCAACGUUAAGGUUAGCAUCUCGGCUCAGUGGACUCCCUCCGUCCAGAACGAGAGCCUCCCAGCCUUCUCACCCAGCCAGGUGUGGGAGGAGCAUCGGUUGUUUGCUGAUGAAGAGGAAGCCACGCUCUUUCUGGGAGCUCUGGACACCAUCUUCCUCUUCUCCUAUGCCAUCGGUCUGUACGUCAGUGGCGUGAUCGGCGACCGCAUGAACCUACGCUACGUCCUUUGCUUUGGCCUCUGCGGCUCGGCCACUGUGGAGUUUGUGUUUGGGACGUUAACUGAGUGGCUCCACCUAUAUAACGUGUACCUGUACUGCGGGCUGUGGGUCCUGAACGGCCUGCUGCAGUCCGCGGUGUGGCCAUGCGUGGUCGCUAUCAUGGGCAACUGGUUCGGGAAGUCCGGGCGAGGUUUUGUGUUCGGCCUGUGGAGUGCGUGUGCUUCGGCAGGGAACAUCUUGGGAGCCUUCCUUGCAUCCAGUGUCCUCAAGUAUGGAUACGAGUACGCCUUCUUGGUGACGUCUGUGGUGCAGUUUGCCGGUGGGGUUGUGGUGUUCUUCGGUCUUCUGACCUCCCCCAAAGAAGUUGGGCUAUGUCAGGAGUCAGAGGCAGGUUUUGGGCCUGCAGUAGAAAGUGAUUCUGAGAGCCAGCGGCCCCUGAUGAGUGAUGAAGAAGAGGAUGAAGGGUGCGAUGGAGGCUACUACUCUGUGGAGCAGUCGGAGGGGCCUCAGGAAGAGCUACCCCAGCCAAUCAGUUUCCUCCAGGCCUUCCUGCUCCCUGGCGUGCUGCCCUACUCCUUGGCCUAUGCCUGCCUGAAGCUGGUGAACUACUCCUUCUUCUUCUGGCUCCCUUUCUACCUCAGUAGUAACUACGGCUGGAAGGAGGCACAAGCCGACCGCCUGUCCAUCUGGUACGACGUGGGAGGCAUCGUCGGAGGCACAGUGCAGGGUCUUGUCUCAGACUUCCUAGGGAAGAGAGCUCCGGUGUUGGCUGUCAGUCUUCUGUUGGCCAUGGGAGCCCUGGUCGGCUACAGCCACUCCCCGGCUGACCAAGUGGUGAAUGCUGCGCUGCUCGCUCUGACCGGCUUCUUCAUCGGUGGUCCGUCCAACAUGAUCAGCUCGGCCAUCUCUGCUGACCUCGGCCGUCAGGAUGCCCUACGGGGGAGCCAGGAGGCACUGGCCACCGUGACCGGGAUCGUGGACGGUACCGGGAGCAUCGGCGCGGCCGGGGGGCAGUACCUCGUUUCCAUGAUCGAGAGCAGACUGGGAUGGAUGUAUGUCUUCUACUUCUUCAUCGUCAUGACAGGAGGCAGCAUCCUGUUCAUUGCGCCGCUGAUCUACAGGGAGACGCGAUCUAUGUGGAGAGAUAGGCAGGGUCUCCACCAGCAGCUCUGAGCAGUACACUGGCUGACCAAUGGCCUUACACCUCUAAGUCUGUUGAGUUUUUUUAGGGACUGUAGAUCCAGAAUGUGCUGUUGUGAAUAUUUUAAGUAAGUAGGGAAUGUAAAUAUUCAGUUAUUUUCAAAUUCUAUUGUUACUAUUUUUGAAAUUCGAUUUUUCUUGAUUGAUGUUGAAUGGCCUUUUGCUGUAACUCCUCGUUGUGGAGCUGACGGCGACCUGAAUAUUGUACAUUGUAUUUAUGAGUUGGAUUUAAUCACAAUAACAUCCACAUGGCAUUAUUCACAUGAGAUGUGUAUGUAUUUCAACUUUAUAUAUUUGCAUAGUAAAUUAAGAGUACGUAUCGUGAGGUUCCUCACUGAAAAAAUAUAAAUCACAGAACACGCACAUAUCUGUGCCUUACCUGCAGAGAUCUUGGCACACACAGAAAGAGAACUGGUGAUCUACUGGAUCAGCUGUAAAGGAUCUCUCAGAUGGACACGUUGCUGUAACUGCGUCAGAAGGGAAAAGGAUUACAGGGAAACUGUUUUUAUGUUCUGUGUAAAUGAUGUAGAAAGGAAAGGUGUGGCUGGUUAUACAUGAAUUGCAUCAGCCACUCAAGAGCACUUCUUCCCAGGUGGAGUAAUAUAGAAUGUUCUAGAGUUUCUAUCCAGGAUGAAAUGAUAUUCCAUUACAAACUGAUGACACCCGUCCCCGUUAUGUGAUUGACCAUUUUUAUACUUCAUGUUUUUUUUUGGAAUAUAUGUCCAAGUUUAAUUGUGUAAAUAUUUUGAUUUUGCGUUUACAUUUGUUUACAGUUUUUUGAUAUAUACAAUUGCAGUUUAAAUAAAUGUGAUUCCUGUGCAGAAUUUAAGCAAA